AUGUCAGAGGUACAACCUAGACCAACGCCUCGUGGCAGAGGUUCAGCUCGUGGUGGUCGUGGAGGUUUUGCAUCAAGAGCUGGUGGUCGCGGCGGAGCAAGAAGUCAUGCAACCAACGAGAACACAUCUACUACUGCAUCAAUUGAGCAAAAUAAUAGUGAGGUUGUUCAAUUAAAGAAGAAGCAUGGUAGUAAAGUGAGCACCAUCCAAGAAUUGUUUCCAGGCUGGACAGACGAGGAUGUCGUUAUGGCCCUCGAGGAAACCGAUGGAGAUUUAGAAAGUACUGUUGAGCGCAUUUCGGAAGGUACCAUUUCACAAUGGGGAGAAGUUUCAAAUAAGAAAGAUCGAUCUAAGUCCAAAGCUCACGAUUCAACAUCAUCUGCCCCUCUUAAUGAGUCAACCAACACUGGAAGAGUUUCCCGAGGUGGUCGAGGUGGAUUCGACGGUACUAGAGGACGUGGUCGCGGUAACGAAAGAGGCAGAGGUGGCAGAACUCGUGGGGCUCCAGUUGCGCAUACAAAUGGUACACGUAACGAAACCGCCGAAGUCUCUGUUCCUACAACUGAAUCCAACGCUUGGGACACUGCGGCCACUACUGAAAACACCACCAAAGAUACCCCUGCCGAUGCGGAAUCUUCCAAACCUGCUGAGGCUGAUAACACUUGGGGUGCUACAGCAACCAACGCUGCUGCUACAACUGCGGCCGCUGCUACAAGUGCCGCUUCAACUAUUAUUCCUGAUGGUGUCAAAAAGAGUUGGGCAAGUAUGUUUGCACCAGCACCUAAGCCAAAGAAGGCCCCAGAACCCGUGGAAAAGCCUGCAGAGCUCCCCAAACCAGAGGAACCUGUUGAAGCCCCAGUCGUUUCGGAGCCAGAGCCUUCUGUUCCCGAACCAGAAACCGUCGAAAUCCCAGAACCUAUUGCACCUGUCGAGCCACCUGUGGAGCCCGAAGCUAAUAUUAAUCUCACCCCAUCGAAGGACGAAUUGACGGAAACGAAUCUCGAACAAGUUCCAGAUGAAUCGGUUCCACCCCCAAGUGCGACAGCCGCAAGCACUGCUGCAAGCUCCUGGGACCCAAGAAAUGCUGCUGGAAAUGCUACUGGAAAUUCUACACCCUACUCAGCAUUGCCAACUCAAACUUCAGCUGCUUCCCGUGCUCCAACCAGUGGUUUCCAAGCUUCUGCAUUAAAGGCUACCGGAUCAUCAGGUCGUACACCAAGCUUUCAACGCCGCGUCCUCGACCAGGAAGAAGCUGUCCGCAUGCCAGGAAAUCGUGAAGUGGAUAGAGCUGCUGUACAAUUCGGCGCAUUCAACCUUACAGGCGAAGAUGAUGUUGAUGGUGAUCGUGAAGAGCCAGAGACUAGAGCCCAGCCACCUCAGCAUUCUCCAGUAGCACCAAGAGCUACUUUGCCUCCCGCCCCUCAACAAGCUGCCCCAGUUUCUGAAACCUUGCCAACCCCAAAGCAAGCUCCAGGAUUGCCUGCUGCUACUCACCCAACAGCUGCCCCUGGCCUUCCUUCCCCACAAACUCAUCCUUCUUCUCAAAGUGCACCUCAACAGGGAUCCCAAGCUGGCUCUCAAUUGGGUCAAUAUGGCCGAUAUGGACAACCAGGAUCUCAAGAUCAGUCUUCAUUGCCACAGAAGCCGUACGAUGCAUUCAGUCAACAAGCACCAAGCUCGCAAAGCCCAUUUGAAGGUUACCCAAGCCAAUCUCAAUCCCAGGCACAGCAACAAUCUGGUGCAUUCUCUUCUGCGCCCAACGAUUACUCUUCUUACUACACCUCUGAUCCACAAAGACAAAACUAUAACAGUUACUAUCAGCAACAAUAUAACUUGCAACAAGGUGGUCAAGGUCAAGAUGCUUCAUCAUCUCAAAGAUCUUAUGGUGGAUAUAAUGGACCCCAAACUGAAACUUCUGGUCAACAAUCCCAAUCUCGCUAUGCAACUGCAGGAGCAGGAGAAGGACAGAACAGUGGACACACUACUCCUAACCCAGUAGCUCAAAGCCAACAACAAACUGGUGCUGCUGCUCAAACAACUCAACCUCAACCUAGCCAUUCACAACAACCCCAGGGAGCCUAUCCAUAUGGUCAUCCUUACUAUCAAACCCCAUACUACAAUGCUUACAUGAGUCAAUUCCAACAAGCCGGCGGAUACGGUGGCUACGGUGGUUCUCCAUAUGGUGGUGGAAAGGGUGGCAUUCAUGGUCAACCAUACCAAGGUUACAUGUCUCCUGGUGCACCAUAUGACCACACUUCUACCCCUGCUGCUGGAGGAUUCGCUGGAUCUUCUCUCCAUGGUCGCGAUUCCGCAGUCGGAGGAGGAUUGGGCGAGUAUGGCCGAGCUGGAUCAUCCCAAUCGUCUCAGACUCCUCAAGCACUAGGUGGAAGCGGUGGAUUCGGUGCUGGUUCUCAUGAUGCAUUUAGCCGUGGUGCUUAUCCUUCAGGUCAGCACUACAAUGCAACUCAAGGUAGCCAACCAGGAGCUAGUGAUGACUUGAAACCAUUCGGUGAAUCAAAGACAACCAAUGGACCAAGCCCAUCUUUGUCCCAAGCUGGACGUCCUGGUUCUGCUACUAAUGCCACCCCUGGAUCAGUCUUGCCACCACCCCAGUCCCAACAAGGUGGAUAUGGUGGAUACCCAAGUCAUCUUCAAGGACAUGGACUCCAUGGUAGCCAAGCUGGUAGCCAAUAUGGUGGUCUUGGAGGUGUUGGAAGUCACCAGGCUGCUGGCCAAGGUCACCAGAGUAGUGGAUAUGGAGGCUACCAAGGUUAUGGGGGUUACCAGGGUUUUGGUAACAACCAACAACGUGGUGGAUGGGGUGGCAACUAUGGACAUUAA